AGCGGGAGAGGAGCUGGAGGGACGGAGCCUGCGGAGUCUGCGCAGGAGAAACGCAUUAAUUACUAGUUUAAUAAUAAUAAUAAUAAUGGGGUCUGAACAGCUUCAGAGGGGAACAACAACAGAGGAGGAGGAGAAGUAGAAGACAGCAGGACUGUAGAGUGAAAACUGACCCUCAGCAGCUCUGGAGUUCAGGGAUUACAGUGUUGGAGGAUAAUACGUAAAGGCAGCGUGAGACUGUAGCUCAUUUUGGGCUUAUUUUUGACACUUUUAGGAUUUUUGCCGGGCUCUGCGGGCUCUCUUCGCAAUGCUCUGGCCGCAGGUCCCCGGCUGGGGCAGUGCUCCGCGGCGCUGAGGCGUUAGUGAGGGAGUUAGUGAGCCGGCGCAGCGUCUGCGUUUGCCCCCCGGCGCCGUUUUCCUGCCCCCGCUUUUCCAGCAAGUCUCCCUCUGCUUCUUUCUCUCUAACUGUGGAUACUUGGCAGCGUUAGCGGACAGGCGCUGCGGGCCACGCCGGGGUUUGAAUGCCUCUGCACGGCGCUUGCUGGUUCCUGUGCUGCAGGCAGGGCUUCAGCUUGCUGGGACGGGAGCAUGGAGAGAAGGAGGAGGAGGAGGAAUCGUUCGAGUUGCGCAACAGCGCGCAGACGGGCCAACUGGAAGUGACUCUGUCUCAGCCCACGCGAUCAGCCAAUGGCACGCCCAGUCUGUCAGGUGUGUGUGAGGAGAACAGCCGGCUGAUCGUGAAGAAGGCCAUGGAGGAUGAGCCGGAGGUGCUGGUCAAGGGCUGGUUGCUGCGUGAGGUGUCGGGAGGUUGGCUCAGACAGAGGAGGUUCUGGUUCACGCUGACUGCCGACUCUCUGGACUGCUACAGCGGCCCGGAGAAAGACGCCCGCAGACUGAGCAUGCUCGUACUGACUUCACUCUGCUCUGUACUGUGGCCUGAUAAACACACCUACAAACAGACAGGGUACUGGGGUCUGACAGUCUACGGGAGGAAACACUGCUAUAAGCUUUUCACUAAACACUUUAAUGAGGCGGUGCACUGGGCGUGUGCAGUGCAGAAGGUCAUCGACAGCAAAGCACCAGUGGAGACGCCAACACAGCUAUUAAUACGGGACAUAGAGGAGAAUAAGUUUAAUCCUGAGGUUGUGGAGCACAUCUACCAGCACAACCCCAUCCUCACCUACACACAGAGUCCACUCUACGCCCCCCUGCUGCCUUUCCCCUACGGAAGCCUGGACCACACGCACAUGGCAGGUAAAGGCUACACGUCGGUGCGUGAGGAGGCGGUGAGGCUGUUUAACUGCCUGCAGCAGCUGGAGUCGGCGCCGGAGCCUGUUCCUCUCAUACAGGGCAUCCUACAGACCGGCCUGGACCUACGGCCACUGCGUGACGAGCUCUACUGCCAGACCAUCAAGCAGACCAGCAUCACACCCAAGCGCACACAAACACAGACGCAGCCCAACCCACAACUGCGCUACUGGCAGCUGCUGACCUGCAUGAGCUGUACCUUCCUGCCCAGCAGCAGCGUGCUCAGAUACCUGCGCUUUCACCUAAAGAGGGUCCAGAGUGUUAGUGUGGACACAGAGGUGGAGAGUUAUGCCUGGUUCAUCGCUCAGGCUCUGGAGAAGACGCGCUGCCGUGAGUGUGUCCCAUCCUGGGAGGAGAUCCAGGGGCUGAUGGGUCGUCAGGAGAUGCUGUGCACUGUCCACUACCCCGGCCCGGGCUGCUGCAGGAUAGCCAUCAGCUCACACACUACUGCUAAUGAGUUGGUGAGGAAAAUGGCCGAGCGGUUAGGUCUGCAGGACAGCCCCAACACCUUUGCCCUCUUUGAGCAGAAAGCGUGCCGGGAAAGGGUUAUCGGAGGUGGCACCAUCAUCGCUGAUGUUAUCACCAGAUUUGAGAAUCUCUCUGUGAAGGAGCCGGACUCAGAGUGGAGACUGUGUUUUAAACUCUACUGCCUUCUGGACACAGACAACAUCAGCACAGACAGCAUUGAGUAUCUCUUUCUUUAUGAGCAGUGUCAUGAGAUGGUGGUGCGUGGUCAAUUGCCGGCGUGUGAGGAUGACCUGUUAUCUCUGGCCGCUCUGAGGCUGCAGGCAGUGCAGGGUGAUUACAGCGCUCUGGCUCCGUUUCCUGCUCUGGAGCAGGUUUUUCCAGCACGGGUUCUUGAGGCCCGAGCCCUGCUGACUCCUGCGGAACCCCAGGGCUGCCCCCCGCCCUUCCCCGCCGGGCUGCUGGCAGGGGCCCUGUGGGGCCAUAAGAGGCGCGAGGAGCAGGACCAGCGGCUGCGGGCACGGCUCAGAGAGGAGGCCGCCCUGACCACCACCGCCAUCCUGGAGCGCUGGAAGGCCCUGAGUGGCUACAGCCGCCGAGACAGCAUGGCUGCUUACCUCACCAUCGCACGCCAGUGGUCAGGGUUUGGCUGCACGCUUUACGAGGUGGACUUCUACAUAAGUUCUACAGGUAGUUUCUCGCAGCGGUUGUGGCUGGGUGUGGCAGCGUCCUGCGUAUCUUUGUACCGACAGGGCGAGGCGGAGGCCCUGGAGUGUCUCCCUAUUGCUCAGAUCUGCUCGUAUGGCGUCUCUGACAGCAACACCUUCAGAAUUACCGCAGGUGACAGAGAUCUGCUGUUUGAGACUUCCAAGCUGACUGAGAUCAUGCAGUUGAUGAAUGCCUACUUCAGUGCCACCCGACGCCAGCUGGGCAAGGAUGACUGCAUCACCAUGGAAACCACCCCCAAGCUCCGCCCUUCCCUGCUAGAACUGCCCUCUCAUCCGGUGUGAAGACACAUGCGCGCGCGCACACACACACUCACACUCACACACAUAUACAUAAAAAGAAAGCAACCCUGACUGAUUGCCUGUGUGAGCCUGUUCUGAGAGACUCUGAGAACCGGACAAAGAGAACCCUGUUCACUCCCUGUAUCCAGAACGAAGGAAGAAAUGGAGAAAGCGAAAGAGAAAAUCAAAGGGGUGAAAAGGGGAAAGAAUGAAGGAGCAGAUGGACUCCAAAAGAAGACGGGGUCGGGACUGUCAAACGCCAAAUUCCAACUGGAACACUGUGUACUAGUGUGUGUUUGUGUGUCUAUAUACACUCAUCGUCGUCUUAAAAAAAAAAAAAAAAAAGGCAAAAAUAGUUGCACCCAGAUAGAAAGUCCUUCUGAGAAUUACCAGGAACUAUAAAUAAUUUAAAUCUUGGACUGAUAUUGGAAACACUGGGUCAUAUUAUUGGGCUAAUAAUACAAAAAAGUAGUGUCUAAAAUGUAAAGGACACAUUAGAGGCGUAGAGAUUCCUAAGGGUGCCAUGCGAUAAUCCAUCCUAUGCAGCUUGAAUUACAAUCAAGCAGUCCUGCAGAUAUUGCAGUAGGGAUGUAGGAGUGUUGACAGAACAUCAAAAAGCAUUGUACAUCUUUAAUGCAAGCUCUUGAGAUGGCGGAGGUAUUUGGAUGAGCAUUGUCCUGUUGAAAGUAAAUCCACUGAUUGCAGGACCUCAACACAAGUCAAAAAAGCGGGACUCGUCACUGAAGAUGACUCCCUGCCAUUCUGAGUCACUUUAUGACAGUCUGGCACGACUACACAGCACGUUUCAUUCUUGUCUGUUGAUUCUUUCUGGGUGUAACAAUAUUUUUUGACGAUGAGUAUGUAUACUCGUGUGAGAGAGCGAGUGAGAGGAGCAGAGUAAAAAAGGAACUUUUUUUUUUAUAAAAAGCUGGAGGAAUUAUAUUGAAACACACACACGCACACUCUUGGCCUCCCUUGUGCACAGAAGGCCUCAUGUGAAUUUGAACUAUUAACAGACAUAAGUUGCUCCCUAAUGCCUCACGGACAUGGAAACGACUCCUUCAGCCAACUGACUAGUAAGUGUGUGUGUGUGUGUGUGUAUACAUGUGUGUCUGAGACAAAGAACGAAUGGAAUAUUCAAAAGCUGUUCAACAGAAACCAAAGGAUCUUUAGUCAGCUUCUGUGACUUCUUCUUUAGCGAAGUGUUUUUUGCUUUAUAUUUCGUCGGACGCUUCCAGCCACACCAGGUGCUGCUGCUGCUUGACCUGGGCUGUCCCCAAGACUGUUUCUCAGCCCAGUCAAUUUUUUAGGACCGUUUAAGGUGGUAUGUAGCAUCUCCUGUACAACAAUGAGUGAUAUGCUGGGAUCGUUUUGGAAAUGGCUGAUUAGAGCUGUUCCAGUAACCCAGCAGGAGCCACACUUCACUUCAACACCUCUUUUUCUUUCAACCAGGAAUAUUUGGCCAAACGUCAGAUUUUUCGGAAUUUCCCAGUAUCCUAAGUGUAGUCAACCAGCAAAAGGUUUGUUUGGUGUCUGAAGUUUGCUUCUUGGAAAAAAUCCCAACACUAACACCUGUAUUACAUGAUUCAGAUGUGAGUCACUCUGUAUAAAAGCAUCAGCCAAAUGCUAUUAAAGUAAAUUUAAAAUGGUAGCUUGCAGCUAUCAAUAUUAGCAUCAGGCUAAUAUUGCUCAUUCCUGAUGUCCUCUUCAUUUGCCUCAAACUGCGUGACGAUGAUGAUCAAUCAUUUCUUGGUAAUAGUUUGGCUGCUUGUUACCCAUGAACUAGACAAAACAUAAAGAAGUUGUCACUAACUUUCUAGCAAUAGCCAAUCCAAACUAACACAUUUUUAGCUGUUAUUUUUAAGCUUUAUCCCAUGUUCUCCCCAGUUUAUAAGGCCAAUUACCCAACCCACUCAUUAAGACUCCACCUAUCACUUCUGAUGCCCCAACACCAGUAGGGUAAGGACUAGCACAUGCCUCCUCUGAUACAUGUGAAGUCAGCCACCUUUCGAACUUUCCAUAGGAGCCAGCAAGUUCUGAGGAAAGUGCAGCGACUCGUUUUCCGAUACAUCAGCUCACAGAUGCUUUGUGCUGAGUGCCAUCACCCUUUGGUGUAAUAUGGGGAGAGAGCGCCAUCUGCCCACCCUGCACCAGCAGCUGAUGGCAAGCUACAUGACCAGGAUAUGAACCAGCAGUCUGCCGAUCAUGGUGGCAGCACCCAGCUGUUAAGCUUAUUUUACUACAUUAGCUCUGGUGCAAAACUAAAAAAAAAAAAAAAAACUUUAGACACUAAACAGGUCAUGUGUAAUCAACUACAUUUGGUUUAAUACACAUAAAAAAACCCAAGAAACUAGUAUCAGAAAUCUGCUUUUUUAUUUUUUAACUAGAGCUGAACAGGCUAAACAGCUAGCUAAAGUUUCUUUCAAACAUGCACAGAAACCCAAAAUCUUUUCCAACAUAAUCCAAAAAGGCUGUAUGUGUAAACCCACAUGUAAACAGAGCUAAACCAAUUUCGUAAAACGCAAACUAAAGAAACCAACUUCAGACACCAAUCACAUCCUUGCUAAUUGUGUACAUUUGUUUUUGCUGAUCUAUUGCUUUAACAUUAAUUUGAUAGUGAUUAUUAUGAUAAUAGUGUGUUUAGACUGAAGCCAGGCCCCAGUUUCAGUCUGUUGCUCGGCUUUGUCGUGUAUAUGUAGGAUUUAUGUUUAAAGGGUCAGAACCUGUUCAUAACCUGUCUCUCAUCUGCUGAGCAUACUUUCAUUUUGCCUUUUCUAUAAUAUUGUUACUGUAUGUAGAUUUUAUUUAUGGAUGUCUGUUGUGUGAAAUCUGUGUGGAAGCAAGUGUUGUUUUAUUUUUUUUUGUUUAUUUGUUUUUAUUUGUCCUUUUUACCUUUGUUUUUAUAUCUCUUUAUGGACCUAUAAUUCUAUUUUAUUUCAUUUCAAUAACUUCAAAAAGCCCUUGAAUAACCAGUGUCAUGAUAUAUAGCCUAUUGCUGAAUGUUCAUACACAGUUUAUAACACUCAUUUAGAGAGCUAUGAUAUGGAAACAGAUGCAUACACCCUGUGUUUUGUUUUGUUUACUUUUCUUUUUAGUGUAGAUGAAUUCAGUAAAAUAGCACAGUAAACGUUGAAUAUUAUUUAACAUGGACCAAAUAUCUUGGGGUCUGAGCCCUUUUGUUGUAAAAUAACUGCCACACUACCCACAAUUAGGCAAUACAACUCAUUUAGUCAGACUCAAAUUAAGCAUUAGCUUUUUUCCCCCCUUUAGCUGUGCCUCAGGAAAUAGUUAGCUGUAGCCACCUGUGCCUAAAGCCCUCAUUGCUAACGCCACAGAUUAGCACACUUUGCAAGCUUGGGCUAAUUUGUUGUUGAGCUAAUUUAUGAACUGCUAAUAAAGUUACACCCCGAACCCUUAAUGUAGUCUCUGAGCCAAGACAAGCCAAAGUUAGCAAGCCUGAAACUUAGCAAGCCUGAAAUUUAGCUAGCUAGUUAGCUAAUUAUUUUAAUUUUCUCCUGGAGCUACAAGGCUAAUGUAGCUAACAAAUAAUGCUAACAAAGCUAAUACUUAGCAGUUACCUUUGUGCCUAAAUCACAUUGCCCAUUGCUUCUCUACAUCUCCUUACCUGAACCUGUAUUAAGUAAUCGCAAACAGACUUUUUUAAUUGGCCAGUUUCUUACACUAUACUACUAUGGAAGCCCAUUUCCACCACUUGGGAAAAAAAUUAAGAUACUAAGGCAUAAUUACGAGAAAGUAAGUCAUAAUUAUGAGGUAGUAAGUUAAAAUGAUAAGAUACUAAGCCAUAAUUAAGAGAUAAUUAGUCAUAAUUGUGAUAUAAUACGCCCAAACUUAAUAUCUCGUAAUAAUGACUUAGUAAAGGACCCCAUUUUUUUUAGAGUGGCAGAAAUGGGCUUCCAUAGUAUAAAGGGGAAACUGGAAGCUACAAUAUUUGCAGCCACUAUGGUUAGCUGAUUUAGCCUAGCAUGCUACCAGCGAUACAAGCCAUAUAGCUUAGCUUUUAUUUCUAGAAACUCAAAUUUAGGAUCUCUAUUAUGCAGUUUUUACUAUUAGAAUUUUGAACUGUGAAAAUGUUACUAGUUGUACUAUCAGAUGUACAAAUCUAUAAUGUACACAUAGUAAUACAAAUAAUUAUGGUAGAUAUGUGUGCCUGGACCUUUUAUUAGUAAAAAAAAAAUAGCUAGAAAAAGGAGUGAGGAUCUAUAUAAAUAAUCUUUGUGUAUUGUGUUCUCUGAAUUUAAGGUUAUUAAAAAGGAAUUUAUCCUUUUUGGAGUAACUAUGACUAGUCAACAUUUACAUUGAGGAUAUGAAGUCCUGGCAAAAAGACUGUACUUAUUUUAUUUAUAAACCAGUAGAUCUGAUAGUACUAGAGAAUUGGUUAUUAGUGAUACAAGCUGUAACAGAGUUUUUACUGUCAUUUUAGGCUAAAACAGUUUAUCAUAAGCUAUAGUUGCUACAAAGUGGCUGCUAAUACUGAAGCUAGCUCCUCAUACCUCCACAAUAAAACUAAUAAAACUAAAAAGCAGAACUUCAGGCUGGUUGACCUCGGGGUUAAAGAUUAAAUUUGUGUUUUUGACAAACUGCCACUUUCUCACACUUUUCCAAUAACAUUUCAGGUGCUUGUGAACCUUCUUGCCCUCCCCCCUUCCACAUUGUGUUGACCCCAGUAGAAUUUAUAGCCCCCAAGAUGUAUUGAACCCAAUCUUGAUCACCGUUUGUGGAUGCCAUGAUGACCCUGUACUGUCUAGCAAAGCCACUGUCCCAUGUGUCACUCAGCAGCUGCAGGCAGCUCCGCCCACUGUCUUAAAGUAACACGCUACACCUAACACAACACAGCAGAAUGAAUGGUGACUCUGUUUAAGUCGUUUAUACGCCUCAAGGUACUUUUUCUCUAUGUUACGCGUGUAUCGUCAGUUGCACUAUUGUUUGUACAGCUAACUUGAAUGUGCAAUAAUAAAUACUGUAUGUAAUUAAAUAAUAAAGGCAGCACCAUUGGA